AACACCGAACACCGAAAGGAAACAAGUAGUAGUAGAUAAGCUCGAAGGGUUCAGAUUUCAGAAUCAUCUCUCCCACACUUAAAAACGUGUUUUUCUAAAUUUCCUCUUCCCCAAACCCUCAAUUUCUCUCUCUCUCUCUCUCUCUCUCUCUAAAUUCCCCAAUUCACACAGACACACACACACAGGCGCACACUUGUAAUAUAUAUAUACGUAUACAUGGCGAUUUCGGACACGGUGCUGGGGAAUUUGACGACUCUGUACCUGCUGAUCAUUGCGGCUAUGAAGGUGUACGGCCUGGCCACGGGGCGGAGCUUCACCGGAAGUUGCGUCAUCAUCCUCUCCACGGCGGUGGUGGCGUUGAUACUGGUUGCCAGCCUCGCUUGGGAUGUCUCGCGCAAGGCCACCAAGGCGCUGAUGGCGCGCGAAGCCGGCCACGAGAUCUGCCGCGGCGGUAUCUGCUGGCACGGCGUCGCCGUCAAAUCGCCGGCGUCUCAGAUCCGCUUCCGCCUCCCUCAACACCGUUACCUGUGAAUGACGUCAUCUCGUGGCUUCUAGACUAAACAGGAAUUUUACAGAAAAUAAUAUAUAUACAGAGAGAAAUCCUACUAAUUUUCUUCUAUUAAAAUAAAUAUUUUUGUUUUGAUUUUCCCUUGUAAUUACACAUCCAAUUUUCCCUUUUUAAAGACUGUAAAUAAUCAAGUUUAAAAGAUUUUGCUUCCGCAUUUUCUGUUUGUAAUUUUCUGAAAGCCGUUUGAAAGCUAUGUGAAAUGAAAUCAAAUUUUCUGCUGAUG